GAACUGUGAUCUCCACAAACCUGAUACCAAAGAGAGACAACUGACUUUAAAUAGUCUAAAACCACAAUUAAAUCACAUGCGACUCGACAGUUAACCUUUUUAAUGCCAAAACAGGGACUGUUACCUAACUAUUUUUCGAUGUUUUAUGUGAAGUACAAGAAAAAAUAUACCCAAUUUGAGAUGGGGGAAGUCCCCGCAAGGAAAUCCCCUCUUCAUAAAAUAAUUUCGAAAUUGAGUGAGGCUCUCACAGGCUGAAGCUUUCUGCUUUUGGUCUACAGCAGACGUCUGCAGCUUAUGACACUCAAACCUGUACAAUCUAUGGGAAAUUCGUACUUUAUGUACUCGUUUUAACGCGCGAGCGGAUUGUUCAGCAUGGAUGAAAUGAAGAGGGAGAACGAGGCGCUGAGGGCUAAGUUGCGCAGCUGCUCUACACUCAACACAUUUAACCACGAAACACAACAAGAAAUUGCUCGUUUAAAUCAUUUGGUUACAUCCAAAGACGGAAUUAUCGCCGAUUUAAAGGCAAGACUGGGGAAGUAUGAGAAAACCGUGUUAAUUGAAGGAGAUGACCCUUAUAUUGUAGGGCCGUCGAAAUCUCUAAUCGAGAGUUUGUGUAAGGAAAUUUGCAAAUUAAAGCAAAAACUCAUGGAAUCAGAGGUGGACACCGCCCAGAGAUUGGAAACCACUAAAACAGAGAUUCAGCGAUUGCAAGAAAAGUUGAAGGAGAAGGAUCAAGAGCUGAAGACCAUCAGGGAAAGGCCCGAGCAGGAGAAAGAGAGGGAGAUCCAGCAACUACGCUCCACCUUGGCCGAAAGGGAUCGGACACAGGCCACCAGGGCCGUCCUGUGCAACUCUCUUGCUGAAGAAGCAGAGCAGUUGAGGGCCCAACUGGGAGCCACUGUGCAGGUGUGCCAGGAGCUUUUGGGGCACAUGGAGAAAGAGAAAAGCAUGACAGCCAUGACCGAUCAGAGAGCUCACGUUAAUGAGACAAAGGAUUCCCCUGAAAUACCCCAUCUAAAUGUCAUCAUCAGCAAGUUAGAAGAGGAGAAUGACCAGCUUAAAAAGAGAGUUGUCUAUGUCGAAUGUUUAAACUCAAAGUGGCAGAAGUAUGACUCCAGUAGAGAGGAGUAUGUGAGGGGUUUGUGUCAAAAGUUGAAAGAGUCAAACGGUCUGGCAUCUGCAGGUCCGACCCUGACCCAGACUCAGGCUCAGGCUACGUCUGGCAGUAUGGCUUUGUUCCAGCAGGAGAUCGCACGGCUCAACGGCCUCCUGCAGGACAGGAUGAUGGAGUGCGAGAGACUCGGCAGAGAAAGGGAUGACAAUACAAGGAGAGACCAGGAGCGCAUUCAGAUGCUUGAGCAACAGGUUCUGGCCUAUAUUGAGGACUUCAAAUCUGAGAGGGCAGACCGAGAGAGGGCUCAGGGUAAAAUCCUGGACCUUCAAGACGAAGUUGGGCGACUUCAACUGCAAAUACGCACACAGAGCGUCCAAGACGCCUCAUCCUCACGCCGACUCCACAUGGGCCUUAAAAAAGUUCCCAGACAAACGGACACUGCCGAACCACUAAGGAACAGUCCCCCAGAAGCAAGCUCAAAAAGGACUAUCAGUAACAAUGCACCACAGGGAGCCGCUGAACUGCAGUGCCCUCGGUGUCUCACCACAUAUGACGAUGAGCACGCGGCCGAAUACCUAAACCAUUGGGACGAGUGUGCCAAGCUGUGAGUCUUUUACCUCACUGACUUUUCACAGGGCACAGAAAGCACUGAGGACAUAAUCACUACAAGCUCGCAGACUGUCGGAUGUGCGACAGGGUGUUGAUGAAGGCAGGGGCACGUUUAAACAGGAUGGAGUCGAAAGAAGAGCUUUUUUUUUUUUUUUAAAGAAGAUUGCUUGUGGCAUAGGACUCAGUAUAUGACUUUAGGUUGGUCAUUUCUAGUUCAAAGGCUUACUCACAUGGCUGUCAUAGAGUGCAGAUGGUCUGGUUAUGAAAGGUUAUUGAAUCUCAAGCAAUUGCGGUUUAUAAGUCACUGGGUUUUGCCAUUUGUUUGGUGUCAUGGUUUGAGGCAUGGUACAAGUUUCAGUCAAUUUUUGCUUAACGCUGUAUUGCAGAUCUGUGUAUAGUUCAGAUGGAUCAUAAAAUGGGUAUCAUAUACCUCACUGAUAUGUAUUCUCUUUAUCAGCUGGUUUGCACUUUUUUGCUAUAUUAUAAUUUCAAAUACAGAUGAUACAAGUACAUAUUCUUUUAUAUUUAAUAGAUAAGCUUUUUUGUUAUUAGACUAUUGAAUAUAAUUCAUACUUUUGUCAUGGUGCUAUUUGUAAAGUAUAUAGUAAUGUUUAUAUAUUUCAUUUGUAGGUAUAUUGUUAUUACUUGCCUUCAUGUUAAAUGUAUCACAUUAAAUAAUUAUUUGUACCAGGAAAUACAGAGCAGCACAGUACACACUAUUGACAAUCUUUUGAUAUUUUACUAUUUGAUUCAUACAGGCUACCGUAUAUAUCAAACUUCAGUUUCCGAUUAUAAAUGUUAUAUGGUUCCAACGUAUAACAUGUCAUUACUUUCUCAGACUUCUAGGCACCUUUUGACUGUGAGGUACUUGCCAUUUGAUCCCCCCGUGCAGUUAAAAACAUUCUAGUUUUAAGUAAGAGAGGAAGUUCCCUACAUCCUGGUAAAUUGAGGCGUGACGUCUCAGUUGUUGCGUCUGACAAAAUGGCCUAUUGCAGCGCACUUUUACAGGGUUUAAAGGCACAAACAACAAAAAUCACAAUUAGACAUAUUGACAAAGAUGUCAAAAUAAGACAGAAAUGUGAUAACUAUAUAAGAUGAUUUAUUUUUAUAAUAAAAUAUUUGCUUAAAGAUCA